CUGUGGUGAGUGCAAGCAAGCCAGAAAGAAAUGGGAGAAAGAGUGAAGUGGUCGGAUCUUCCGACGGAACUAUUGACGAUGAUCGGGAGGAGCCUCGACACCCGCAUCGAUGUUCUCCGAUUUCGCAGCAUCUGUAGCUCGUGGCGUUCCUCUAUCCCUCCCUUUUCCGCCAACCCUCCUCGCUUUCCUCUCCAAUUCCCCGACCCCAACACUGCAACCUUGACUGAGCCUCCGCGAUGGCCACCACGACUAGCUUUUCUCUUCCAAACUACUCUCUAUUACAUUCAAACGCUCAAUCCUUCAACUUCUUCUUCUACUUUGUCUAACAAGGGCUGGUUGAUGAAGGUUGACGAGUCAAAUUCGGGCAAGCUGCGUUUUGUAAACCCAGUACUCGACAGCCGCACAAGGUACACCAUUACUAGACCCAAGACCUUGAAUUUAUUGAACUUUCGUGUCGUUGAAUUUGGUAAAGCCUAUACGCUUCAAUUCCAACUUCCCCGUAAAAGACGAUAUGUCCCUUUUCCUUGUGUGAAAAAAUUGGUGGUGUUUCCGAAUUCAGCAUGGACAAAUGUAGACGAGUGUUCAAUUCUCAUGAUCUUUGUUGACGGAAAAUUGGGUUUUGCAAAACGUGGGGAUAAAAAGUGGACCCUUGUAGGUGAAAGCUCUAGUUAUGAUGAUAUUAUUGUUUACAAAGGCCAAUUCUAUGCCGUUGAUAGGGUGGGAAUAGUUUGGUGGAUCGAAUGUUCAUCCUUGAAAUUGGUACAGUUUUCGCCUCUGUGUGGGCUGGGUAGCCAGAAGCAUUUGGUGGUGUCGUGUGGAGCUCUAUAUGUUGUUGAUAAAUACAAUGACAUUGAUGAUGAUAGAAAGGUAGUUGGCUUUAAAGUGUAUAAGCUGGAUGAAGAAUUGGGUCAAUGGGUUUUGGUGAAAAGCUUGGGCGACCAAGUGUUUGUUUUGGGUGCCGAUUGUUCUUUCUCUGUUUCGGCUCGAGGAUGUUCUGGAUAUACAGGGGAUUGCAUUCUCUUUAUUGAUCAUCGAGAUGAAACACUAGUGUUCAAUCUAAAGGAUCACAGCAUUCUAAAGCAUCACAGCAUUCAUGAUCAUUUUGGACUUUUCUGGCCUCCCGAUCAUACUGGCCUCCCCCAAGCUGAUGGAUGGGUGUUUGAUUGUGAGUAUACAUGGUAGCUAAAUCGGCUAAAAACCACGCCUCAUGAAGCAGAGGUCACGAGUUCAAAUCUCUCAUUUCGGUUUAGGACAAAAUUUACUUAUAUAUAAAUAAUCUGUGUUGGAUUUGACUGUGAUAGUGUUUUGAACUUUUUUCCCCUAGGGAUAGAAUUUCCUUAUGUUUGUUUGGGAUGGUAUUUCCUGAAUUCAUCAAUCUCGUUGUCUUUUAUCGGCG